AUGAUUUACAGUGUACAAAUAUUUGUGAUAAUCAAAGAGUGAGCGAAGGCAGACGCAUUCUAUUAUUGUUAUUGCAUUGUUGUUACUGCAGCUCUUGGCGACUUGCAGUAUUACGUUUUCUAAGUCAAAGCCAUAGCCCUGUUGCAAAAUCUUUAACAAUGAAGGCAACAAGAGUACAGCUAGCAGGCUAGCAGUCUCAUGCACUUUGCAGGAAAGAGUAAGAUCAGUUCAGUGCAAAGGUUGAGAUGAAGUGGUUCUCUUGGUCAGUGGCGUUUAUCCACGUUCCUCCACCUAUUCCUGCAUAAUGGAUUCAUAGAGCCAAGCAGCACAGUGAACUUCUUGGUUGAGAAUAGCAUUAACAACUUCCAGAUAAUCAAGAGGCUGAAACUCGGUCGCUGAUUAAGGAGUUUCUCUUUGUGCAAUAAGCGAUUAACUGUGGUAUAGGUUGGAUAAUAAAUCGACUACUCGGAAUCUGAAAAACAAUACCAAAGUGGGCAUUCAAAUUUGUGUUGUUGUGCGUGCGAGUUUAGGUCAGGAUAUUCAAAAGAUUCUCAGCCUGCCAAGCUGUCAGCAAUCAUCAACAUCAAGAGGUGUUGAAGACUUCUCUGAUAAUUGUGAAUCCCUUGCAACAGUUGAUGCAAUUUUAUCAUCGUACAGAAAGACGAGCAGUCAUCCGAGUGGCCAAUUAAGUCACUUACUUUUGGUCUCUACUCAACAUAACUUGAUUAAUUUACCGUCUUACUACUCUCAUUAAACGGAGGAGUGCAGCAAAGCUAAGCAAGCAGUGUUUAGUGACUUGUGACAAUUACAAACUGAAGUGAGGCAACAUGAGAAUAUUUUGUACGUGAUAACUUAAUUGGUCCCUUAAUUGUUUGCGUAAUCUUCUCAUCGCAUCAUGCUCACUGACAAAGGAAGACUGUCCAACAGUGUCCACCAAGUGUCGAUCAUGAUCAUGAAGAAAUUGCACGUGGUGGAGUUAGGUACACGUUAUAAACUCAGCCACCGGUGUGAAAUUGCUUCAAAUUCAGUGACGAUUAAGACGUGCGACAAGCAUUUCUUUAUCUGAGCAGGUGAACUUGACGACGAGUUGUAGUGGAAAACUUGAAAUAUAAUCAGACUCAGAUAACACUUGACAAUAGCAAUGACAGCGUAGUUGUAGUGUACACACGUUACAAUAGCCAUUUACAAAUUGUAGCGUACUGUUGAUUCCACGUGAUCGUGACAAUUAACGUCGGCUGCUGCGUUGGGAAACCAUAAUAACUUGUCACAUAACCUCCUCAUCAGCCAGCAGAAGCGAAAAGUACCAUUCAAAAAGUCAACAUUGACCAAGUUUUGCAGGAUACAACAAAAGAGCGACCACAAAGGAAAAUAGCAGCAGCUCCACACCAACUGGCUUCAGAGUGGGAGGGAAGAGUCAGUCAAUUUUAUGAAAAAUCGUGAAAAUAGGUUACACAACAUUUAUAAAUGUUUAAACGGAUAAAAGUGCGGUUGCGGAUGGUUGAGCCUGACUUGUAAUCUGAUGGUCGCGUCGGAUGGUCACUUAACUCUUUAAUAGAUUAUUUAGUUAACUAAAACGUGAUUAUUUAUUGCAAAUGGAUUUUGCGAAAAUGGAAAUGAAACAGAUAAUAAUGUUUUGUGCAAAUCAGUUUGAGUGCGAAGUAAUUUAAUCACGUCGAAUUCCUAGAUUUUUUUUAUACAAACCUCCAUUUCCAUAAAAUAACGCAACUUAACAAAGCGACUUUUAUUUUAUUGGAGCACUUCAAACUUUAAGCAAGCUUGGUUUUGUAAAUUAUUGGCGGCGUCCAAGCACAGAAAGUGAUUUUUUCGUGGUUGGGAGUGUGGGAUUAUUAUUUGUGAAUGCACUCAAUAAAAAAAUAAUCGUUGGAAAAUGGAUUUGAUGUCACAAGCCACGUUCGGCUAUCCCACUGUUAGCUGGUUUUUGCCCAUUGUUUACGGAUCUCUCGGAGCUAUUCCAGCCCUGCUUUCCCUGUUCUUCGAUUUUGAUCAAACUGCAGACUCGCUUAGAUCUGCUGGACAAGACCCCAGAAGAAAUGUCUACGACUUCAUUAUUGUGGGAGCAGGGUCGGCUGGUUCUGUGGUGGCAAACCGGUUGUCGGAGCAUUUUAACGUUCUGCUUUUGGAACGUGGAGGCGAUCCGAAUCCCUUGGCCUUGGUCCCAGCCCUCGCAACCAUUUUGCUUAACCAUCCGGAAAAUGACUACAUGUACCGAUCCAUUCCUCAGAGGUCCUCCUGCCUUUCACUCAAUAAUCGGCAAAGUUCCUGGUCUCGAGGUCGUGGUCUUGGGGGGUCAAGCACGCUCAAUUUAAUGGUAUAUCUAAGAGGCCACAAGCUCGAUUACGACAACUGGGCUAACAUUACUGGCGAUUCUCGAUGGAGUUAUGACGGUGUUCUUCCAUUCUUUAAGAAAUCAGAAGAUUAUUGUGUACAAUGCGAAAAUAACCCUAAUGAUGUAUUUGAACCUCAAUUUCAUCAUAAGAAUGGAUUUUUAACCGUGGGAAAGCCCCCGUAUCAGCCACUUGUGGAACAGUUUCUGCAAGGAUGCGAGUGGAAUGGAAUUCCAAGAGUGGACUUGAACGGUCCUUACAAAGAAGGUGCCGCAACGGUUACCUACACGCAACGGAAUGGCCGUCGGUUGAGUACGUAUCACGCAUUUCUUCAACCAAUUUUGCACAGAAAAACGCUAACGAUUGAAAAGUAUGCGUAUGCCUACAAGGUCCUGUUUCGAGGUCCCAACAAUGAAGCAUAUGGAAUCGAGUAUGAAAGGCAUGGGAGAAAACGAGUGGCGUUUGCUACUAAAGAAGUCAUUCUAAGCGCUGGAUCCUUGGAUUCCGCCAAACUCUUGAUGCUCUCAGGGAUAGGCCCACAAGAACAUCUUCAUUCCUUAGGGCUUAAAGUGAGGAUAAAUGCGCCGGUAGGACAAAAUAUUCAAGAUCAUAUAGGAACAUUUCCUGGGCCGUUUUUAGUAGAGGCUCCAAAAUCGUUUAACUUGGAUCGCGAUGCAAACGCAAUAAAUGCAUUACGAUUUGUGAACAACGGUAGCGGCUCAUUGACGACUUCGGGGAUUCAUGCAAAUGCAUUUUUUUCAUCGUUCAGAGCUCAUGAAGAAGGGAAUCCAGAAUGGCCGGACACGCAAUGGAUGUUUUUAGGAUUGGGAAACUGGGGAGUUAUUGAUGAGACGUUUGCACAUGCCUUUAACGUUCGAAGUGAUGUGUUGAAAGAAUUCUUCGAUCCAGGUAAUUUUUCACCCAGACAUUAUAAUUUACAUCGAUGUUCCAGUUCAAGCAAUUGGUUUCUUUCUCCAUCUACUAACAUCCCUUUGCUCCCCAAACCAACUAAUUUUUGUAUAUUUUUAUUUCAUUGUAUUUAUAUCGUACCCAACCUAUUCAUAUGUUUCGAUCUAGUCAAGGGCAAAGACGCGUUUCAAAUAACAGUGAUGCUAAGUCGACCACGAGCACGUGGUGAGAUGCAUCUGCGCUCUGCAAAUUUCAGAGACACACCCUUAUUUAACCCAAAAUACUUUGAAGAUCUCGACGGAUCAGACAUUAAAGUCAUGGUGGAAGGUGUCAAGAGGGCCGUAUUCAUGUCAGAGAAUUCUCCUGCUUUUCGGAGAGUUGGAAGUAGACUUUCUCCAGUGCCGUUCCCCCCAUGUCGACAUCUUCCUUUCAGAUCAGAUCCAUACUGGGAAUGCUUUGUGAGGCAUUACAGUGUUUCGAUUUACCACUACUCUGGCACUACCGCCAUGGGACCUAGAGACUCUCCUCAUUCGGUUGUAGAUUCCGAACUUCGAGUCAUUGGUACAAAGCGUCUUCGUGUGAUUGACGCAGGUAUCAUGCCCACAGUGGUUACCGUCAAUACUAAUGGUCCGGUCAUCAUGAUAGGUGAACGUGGUGCUCAAUUUGUCCUCGACACAUGGGACAGUUACAUUCGACAAAGAGGACAUCGCAGUUUUAACAACUAUUUAUGAAAUUGAAUUUAUCCUUAAUGUUUGCGUGUUCAGUCGUCCGUGGUUUGCCAAACAACAGUUACCGCAAACUGAAGGCUAGUAUUUAAAGUCAAAAUGGUUCCUAUGUACAGAAAUGCUGUAGCAAAACAAUGCACCCACAAACACAAUACUUCACGAUCCUUGUAGUCAAUAAUUUGAUAGUGAUUUUUAGUAUUGACUUUCCCACCCAUGAUGACCAAUUAUAUAUCAUGCCCUCUUCUAGACAAGUACCGUUUUCAUUUUCGACGAUACUUGUGACUGACAAAUAAUGAUACUACUUAAUUCACAUUUUGAUACAAGUUGCUUAAACGCUUUUAAUACUAUGCAAAAUGUAACACUGUGGCCAGAAAGAUACAUAGAUUCAAAGGAGGAAGGAAUCCAAGUCAGUUACACUUUGUCAAUAAAUAAAUAAUUGAUUAUAAAUGAGCAAUUUUUUUUGCUUAUAUUGUGAUAAUAAGUUUGUAUUUUGGAUAUCAUUUUCUUGUUGUACUACUAAAUGAGCAGAAAAUGAUAUAUUAUAGGAGAAUAAUUAUUUAUUUCUUCAGGGACUAUGAAUAUAUAACCUAUUGAUAUUGUAACAUUUGUCGAAAUAAAUAACUAAUAAUUAAUUUAA